AUGGCAGACAGCGGAGAGCUCCCGGCCGCAGCCCCUCCGGGCUCUCCGACGCAGAAGCGGCAGCCAGGAGACUCCCCCAACUCGGGUGCCGCCAGGGCGGAGGGCGCGGCGGCGGCCAUGCCGCGGCUGCCGCUGGGCGGCCCGGGCGGUGCGGCGGGGAUGUCUUUGCCGCGGCUGGAGAAGCCGAUCAAGCAGGCCUUCUACAACACCGGGGCACUGCUCUUCGCGGGGCUGUGCUGCGGCGCCGCCGUCCUGGUCUACUUCAUCCUGGAGGCCUUCCUGCGGCCGCUGCUCUGGGCUGUGCUCUGCGGCACCUUCCUGCACCCCUUCAAGAGCUCCCUGACGGCGCUGGGCCGCCGUUGGCUCGGCCGCCUCCAGCGCUCCCGCACGCCUGUCCUGCUGGCCGCCCUCCUCCUCCCCAUCUGCUUCGCCAACUACGGGGUGGAGGCGCUGGGCGAGCAGGUGCUGCGGCGGCGGCGGCUCCUGCUGCUCCUGGGUGCCGGGGGACCGCUGCUCUACGGGCUCUACUGCCUGGGCAGCUCCCUGGGCGUGCAGGUGCUGCUGGCCCAAGCCGCCCGCCUCAUCUGCCAGGGGCUGGACUACUUCAGCAGCCAGUGGAUAUGGACAUUGGUAGUUGGUUACCUGCUGAUGGUUUCAUUCAAGUGGAAUAUAAGCACUGAACGAUACUUAAAAGCAGUCUCUGUCCCUGUCUGGAUUAUGCUGCUCUUUCAUCUAGCUUCUGUGGCAGGUUCUUGGAGGAUUCCUGUGUUUCUGGUAAUAGUUUUUCUGAUGACUGUAGGCAUGUUACACGAACAGCAGAGUGGAAAGGACUCUUCUGGAGCAGAGCUUCCUGGUCAGAUGAUUUCCAUUGCUGCUUCAACAAUUGCCAUGGCAAUUUCAAUGACAGAAGAUGAGUCCAAUAGUGAACGUUCCUCACAACCCUCAGGAGCAGCAGAAGGUGACCAGCCUCCACAUGCUUCAUCAUCUUUUUCCAACACUUCAUCCUCUUCUGGGAGCAGACAAAGACCUGAGAUUGCAUCUUUUCUUAGAAAAAAGAAGACUAGUGAUAUUUACUUUGUUACACUUGUGUGGGCCAUUGUAAUUGUCCAGAUCUGGCUAAAUUUCUGGAUCGUGCAGCUACUGCCAGUGCCUUUUGCAGUUUGGGCACUUAAAAAACUCGUGGUUCAUUUUGGAGUUUUGAACUUCAUGGCAAACCAUUGCAGAAGUUGGUGGCAACUCGCUGAAAAAUUUAUGAAGGAACGUCAGGAAGCACUUGCUCCACGGCCCAUCAGAGGGCUUGGAAGAGUCAUGCUAAAGCUUGACAGUAAGCUGUGGCACUGGCUUAAUAAGAAGAUGAUCAUCUGGUUGGAGAAAAUGCUAGAUAAAAUAAUCAGCAUUUUCAUAAUAUUUUUGCUAGUGAUAGGAACCCUUCUUCUAGCCCUGCUCCUUACUGCAAAGGUACAUCAAGAGAGUGUUCACUUGAUUCAAGUCACAAGCAGCUUGAUCAAUGAGACAGUAGCCAGUCACCCAGAAUGGGCAAAUUGGCUCCCAGAAGCUCAGGUCAUUCAGAAGGCUCUCAAUUCAGCAGCUAAUAAUGUAUACCAGUAUGGCCGAGAAUGGAUUACACAUAAGCUCCAUAAGAUCUUAGGAGAAAAAGUGAAUAACACCGCUGUGAUUGAAAAGCAAGUGCUAGAGCUCUGGGACAGGCUUUAUCACUCUUGGUUUGUGAAGAACGUAACCCAUUCUGGAAGACACAAAGGACACAAAGGGCACAUAAACCGUCAGAACAGCUGGCUUGGUGACAUUCUGGACUGGCAAGAUGUUGCAUCAUUUGUUCAUGAUAACAUUGAAACGUUUCUUUCGAUCCUGGAGUCUCUCUGGAUAGUGAUGAGUCGCAAUGUGAGCCUCUUGUUUACUACAGUGACAACAUUAGUGACAAUUCUCUUCCAUAGUGGGACAGCUCUUCUCAAUUUUGUGCUUUCAGUGGUGAUUUUUCUGACCACACUGUUCUACCUGUUGAGUUCCAGUGAUGAGUACUACAAGCCAGUAAAGUGGGUGAUAAGCCUGACACCUUUGUCUCAGCCAGGUCCCUCCUCAAAUAUAGUUGGCCAGUCUGUGGAAGAAGCAAUAAGAGGUGUAUUUGAUGCUUCCCUCAAAAUGGCUGGGUUCUAUGGACUCUACACUUGGCUGACUCACACUAUAUUUGGAAUUAACAUCGUUUUCAUACCAUCAGCAUUAGCAGCAAUCCUUGGAGCAGUGCCAUUUCUGGGGACAUACUGGGCAGCCAUUCCUGCAGUCCUGGAUUUGUGGCUUGUGCAAGGACAGGGAUGCAAAGCCAUUUUGCUCCUGGUUUUUCACCUCUUGCCAACCUAUUUUGUAGAUACAGCAAUUUAUUCAGAUAUAUCAGGAGGUGGGCAUCCUUACCUGACAGGUCUUGCAGUAGCUGGUGGAGCAUAUUACUUGGGACUGGAAGGAGCCAUCAUAGGACCAAUUCUACUUUGUAUACUUGUGGUUGCUUCCAACAUAUAUAGUGCCAUGUUGGUGAGUCCAACAAAUUCAAUACCCACUCCCUCACAAGCAGCAUGGCCAUUACAAAUGCACCGGUCAUCUAGAGAGAGCCCUGAGGAGAUAAAAUUGGCUGCAGACUGAUGCAGGUGCUGUGCUGCACCUAUUGAACAUGAGAGAAUUGCUGUCUUCUAUCCUGAGUUCACAACAGCCGUGGCCUCCCGUCUCUUCCAGCUGUGCCUAGGGCCAGCUCACUGGGAAGCAUAGUUUGAGUUUUAGGAGAAACCACUUCUCAAACAUCUGCUGGCCUUACAUAAUUGUGCACUUUGCCUCUUCGAGAGAGAAUGCUGACUUCCCGUGGCUUUGCAUUCUGAGACAGACUUCAGCUGCCUUGUUGAAGACCUUGAAGGCAUUUUGUCUUUCCAAAAAGAGUGGUUAAGUGGACAGAUACAUCCACUGGAGUAAUUAUCUGCUGAAAUGACUAACUUGGGUUUUAUUUAUUGGGUUGUGUCAUUAAAUGGUAGUAGGUUUAAAGGAAGCUAAUUCCAAAAUAUUUUUUUUAAUUAAUCUGGGGGCAAAAAUGAUGGAAACCACUCAUUGUUAAAUGAAAGUAGAAUAUAGUUAUUUGUUGCUCCUGAAAGUAUUUCUUUAGAGGCUUUGACCAUUGUCUGUAACUAAUAAUAACAAAUAUUAUCCUCCUAAAAACCACUUCAUGUUGUUGGAGAAUGGUAUUCCUAAUAGCUUCCUGAAAUGAGGAUAUAUGCAAUUUGUUAAAUUUCAGUUUUCCUCAUAUUGAAAUAAGAGGACUUGUUUAAAUAGUUCAGAUCUUGCCCUCAUGUGAAAUCUGGUAGUGUUUUGCUGUUCCCCCACCAUCUCAGUGGAGUCAUCUUGUCAACGAAAUUUCAUCAAUGGCCAUAAGUGUUCUUCAGAAACAAGUAAUGUACAACUGUUACAUGUAUUUACAGUAAAAGGAAGAAGUUAAGUGAAGAUUGGUGGAUAGCUUUCAAAUGCUAUGGCUGAGUUCAGUUGACUUUUCAGACAAAUGAAAGUUUAUUUGUAAUGAGGGAGGGGAAAGAGCAUGAAUUUUGUUUUAGUUUAGCAUCUUUUUUUUCCCCCUGUAAGUCUCUAGCCAAAUAUACAAUAAAAUACAAGAUAUAUCUUGUAUAUUAAGAUAUAUCGUAGUAAUAAACAGAGUUCUUAAGUCCCUGAAAUAGUGUGUUGCUUAGGUCAUAACAUCAAACUGCUCUAGUCCUUCUCUUCCAUACAUAACUUUGCCUAAAUUGCCAUUUUUAUGACAAUUAAGGCCUUUUGUAUUGAUUGUUAAAAUAUUUUGACAAAAUGGAUCUUUGAGGGAAUCCUUUUUAUAAAUGAUACAGAGUUUCUGGCAGGAAAUUCAUACUUGAACAGCUUUCCCAUGAAUACAGUGAGGCCGUAGGUACAAAGUAGCAGAUACACAUGCUUAACCAAAGAACCACCUUUCAUUUUCUAGUAACUUCUCUUAAAUUUAUUUCAGAGUUUAGCUGAUAAUGAGUUAUGCAAAAUACAGGCAUGCCUUGCAUUUAUUGUUGACAGUAAUGAAAUUGUUGGAACAAAAAUCUGUCCUAACCUAGGGAUAACAUUAUCAAAGAUUGUGUACAAACAGCUCUCAGUUACUUAAAUGUCGGUUUUACUUUAAUUAUGGAAGUUCUGAUAGAUUUGGAAUUCUCCUUUUGCCAUGGUGUUACAUAUAUUUUUACAUUCUAAAACUACAUUGUCAUAAGAAGUGUUUGGAAAGUUCCCUGAUAGUUACUUACUAAGCAAGAAUGUCUUGGCAUAGGUUUUUGCAGUAAGCAAGCUGCCUAUUAAGAUAUAUACACCUACUUCUCAGAUUCUCAAAAUAAGCUGCUGCAGUUUAUGGAGGGUUUCAAGCUUGCUGGUUUUGCACUUGAAAACUCACAGAUGUGUGUUUGGAGGACAGACUCAGGCUUAAUACAGUGGUUUGACUCAAGUUCAUUGCAAUACAGAAAUAUCCCAUCUAAUAUUUUAAAUUCUGGAAGACCCAUGCGUCAGUUCUGGAAGGAUGUAUUGCUUGAAUAAAGCAACUGUCAUGUGUUUUGUGGAACAUGUAAAAUCUUAAAUGAAACACAUUUUUUUAAUUGUUACUGGUUAAGGUGGAGGAUGGCAAGAACCUGAAGCUGUUCCUGAGUAUUCCUGCAAUGUUCUAACCAACUUGAAUGAGACCAUGAUACUUGGGAAACUUUUUUACUGAAUUACUUUUUUUUAGUUCAGAAUUGUGCACUGAAAUGUUGUGUUCUCAUUAUAGCUCCUUGUAGACAGCAGUUAAAGAUUACUAGCAAGAGAUGAGCUUCUUUAAUGUAUUUCCAGUUUUCCAUUGCUCCUUUUUACUUACUGAUGAAGACAGAGCUAUUGUCCAUGUUUUCUAUCUUAGUUAUUUCUGAGAUAAUAUUUUUCUCAAUGUAGUCAUUUUAAACAGUCAUUGUAAAACAUUCUUUUGUUUAAGUUUUCCUCGUCCCCCUUCACCCAACUGCCUUAGAUCAAAGAAGGUUCUCUGCUGUGAAGAUUGAAAUGGUAUUUCAGACACAGUUAUCUUUAAUAAUGGCAAAUCAGUAAAAUCAGAUGAGAUUAUGUGUUGUUAUUUUUCAUCUGUUCCUUUCCCAACAUGAAGAGAAAUUCUAGAGAAUUCCUACCUUAUGUAGUGGUGUGAGGCUUCGUAUUGAUGUUUCCCACUCCAAUUCAAGACUUACUAUGUACCACCCUUGUACAUUCUUCCUCAGUAAAUGUAACUUAAGGAACUCCUGGUUCAUGCCAUGCCUGAUUGAAGAACGAGUUGUGUGGUUCAGUCGUAGUAAAUUAACAGAACACUGCCAAAAAGAAAUUUUUAAAAAAACCCACAAAAUCCAGCAAUCCCUUCUUAGAAUAUGAAAUAGUCACUGAAUUUUGUUAUGUUUAAAAAAAAGAAAAAAAAAACAAAACAGAACCCCUUAUGAAAAGUGUACCUUGAUUAUUUGGGGGUUGGUUUUAGUGUCUUAUUUUAUCAGUAGAAAUAGAAAAACUUGUCCUUAAAUCGUUACCAAUCCAUAUUCUUUUCUGAAAAGACCUAGUCUUUUUAAGAUCAGUUUAGUUUAGAUCAACCUCACGUUAAUGUGAAAACAACCACAUUGGUCAUUUUGACUUCUGGUAACUAAAAAACAAGCAGCAGCUCCCUAAGAUAAGCUUUUAGGUGGCCAGUUUAAAAAAAAAAACAAACCAAAUGAAGUUGGGGAAACUCCUCACACCCCCUUUUCUGUAGUGGCAUUAAAUUACCAUUUUCCUAGGAGAGACCAUCUUUUUUGUAAUGCUUAUAGGCAAGAAGUUGAUAGUCUUUAGCUUAAUUGUAAACAGUCAUUCCAGGAGCAGAUAUUUACUUGUAUUUAGUACGUUUAGUACUCAGUUUGAACAAAACCAGUUUAGAGCUCAGAAGGAGUGCUUUUAGCAAACCAUGACAUGUGGUAUCAUGGUAUUGUAGAAGUACAAAUGUGCCAGGUUUUGAAAUUCCGUUCUAGCAAGUCAUGCUUGUUGCAGUGCCAAAGGAAUAGUGGUAGGUGGUUUUUUGCACUAAGUUAGCCCUUCCUCCCCUUCCUGUACCAUAGCAGAGCUAGCAGAAGUGAGUAUGUGCCAGUUUAUAGCCCAGCAUGUUAACUACAGGUGACUGUAAAUACUGGCUUCAUUGAAUACAUGAAGCAACAAACUGCAAUAGCCAGAAUUUCAUUUUGCCAGCCUUACCAAAGUAUGGUAACGUUCAGCCCAGGUGCAUGGUUACUGUCUGGGAGCAAUAAUGACUUCUUUUGAAAGGCUGCUUUAAAAGACAAAAAAAAGUUUAACAUUGUAGUCAUACAUAGAAUAUACAUUUUCCACAAAUUAAGUUGGUAAAUAUGUAUCUAAGAACGGAGACAACGGAUAUUUCCUUGUGCAAUUUGUAGCUCAUCUAGUGUACGUUUAGGCUUGUCUGAUUUCAAAGACUAAAUAGUUUUUCUUCAAAAUUUUGAGAGGCACUGGUGUUUAAUUUAUCAGUGAUUAUUCGAUAAGGGAAUCCAUAAACUGUUCAAAUAAAAUAAGAAAAAAAAGCACUGCAUAGGGAAAAUUUGAUGCUGUCUCCAGUAUUAUAUACACAUUUUGGGUAUCACUGUAACUUCUGAAAAAGAUGUAUGCCUGCAAUGUUAAACACAGUUUCUCAGGCUGCAAAUACAAAAGUGGAUAAAAUUGUUCCCUAGUAAAAGCAGCAAUAGAAUUGCUGUGCUGCUAAUCCCCAAUACUGGUGACAGAAUACUGCAAAGAGUGCUGCCUUUCCUACAAAUUUAAUAUAAUAAGGAUGGGGAAAUACCAUUGUUCUACUGAGACUCCAUAGGUUGUGUCAGUGUUAGAAGAUGCUCCCACAAUUGCCUUUAUUCAAAUACUGCAUUCAAACUAUAUUGGCUGAAGUUUGUUACUGCAGGUAGUGCCACCUUUAUGGUUCCUACCUUUAGAGACAGCUAUGAUUUUCUUCAGAAGUUGCUGAAAGAAGUUAGUAUUCAUUAUACUUAAUAAUCGAGGUAGCAUUCUUCUAGACAUGCAGUUGUUUGCCUUGAAGUUUGCAAUUUAAAAAGAGAAAUACUUACAGUGAUAACUGGCAUCUCUUAAAUGCAUGAAUCUUUAUAAACUCUAUCUUGGCUUAUAUUUCAAAGAAUUUCUUAUAAUUUCUUAUACUUUUUGGUGACGCAUACUUUAGCAAUUCCUGUCUUGUUUUUAUUUCUACAAAACUAAAAUUGCCUAAAACUCUUAACAAAUGUUAGUGAGGGCUUGAUCUUUAACCUGAUCCUACUUACUUUUAGGAAAAUACCUAAUGCUUUCUGGUAAAAUUCUCAAAAAUUGCUUUCAAGUUACAAAAUUGGAAAUAAUAUUUUAAAAAAUCACAGUGUGGAAAACGAACUUCGUAUUUUGAAACCAGAAAUAAAGCCACAAGUUAUGAGUAUA